GGACCGAGGUGAGUCUUGUGCUUCACUUCACUUUACUACAGUGCUCUCGCACAGACACACUCCCUACUCUAAUGUAGUCUAUUCUCUCUUAAUGCUGCUGGAGUUGCCUUUCGCCGCGAUUAAUUUCGCCUCCAACUGUGCCCUGCUUUCUUCUCGCUGCAACCGUCUCUUCGCUCGCUCCAUCGCCCGCUCGCUUGCUAGGUGGUUUCAAGAAUUUUAUUUCGUCUCCGUUCACUAUGAGCAAGUCGGGUCAACCUCCAGACCUGAAGAAGUACAUGGACAGGAAACUGAACAUCAAGCUCAAUGCUGGCAGGAACGUCGUUGGAGUUCUGCGCGGGUUUGACCAAUUCAUGAACCUCGUGCUGGACAACACCGUUGAAGUUCAAGGUGCUGAGAAAAAUGAAAUCGGCAUGGUGGUUAUACGAGGGAACAGUGUUGUCAUGAUCGAAGCUCUUGAAGUUGUGUAGAGUGCUUGACAUAAGUGGUCACCUAUGUACGCAAGCUACAGAUCAUAUUGGUGAUUUUUGUGGAGACAACCUGCUAUGUACUCCAUGUAUUUUUUAACACUAUGCUUCGGACUUUUAUAAAGGUUAAUGGUACAUUUGGAAACUCGA